CUUGACUAAUUACAUUGAGUUCUUUUUAUUUUUUAAUAAGCGACGUUGUUUUCCCGGCUGAAGUCAUUCAAUUUAUAGAACGAACUAUGGGUAGAAGGAAGUCAAAAAGGAAACCACCGCCAAAAAGAAAAAACAUUGAACCCCUUGACCAACAAUUUAACUGCCCGUUCUGCAACCAUGAAAAAUCGUGUGAAGUUAAAAUGGACAAGGGCAGGAACACAGCAAAAAUAACAUGCCGAGUGUGUUUGGAAGAUUUCCAAACUGGAAUAAACUUUCUUUCAGAACCCAUUGAUGUUUACAACGAUUGGGUCGAUGCCUGCGAAACUGCAAAUUAAAUAUAAGUAGUUUAUAGAAUUCUUAGCUAACAUAUAAUUAAGUCAAUUAAAAUAUAAAAUUUAAACUUCA